GGGCCGGGUUUGUUUAGCAUCACCAAAUGUUUUGUUUUCUGCGCCGAUGAAAUGGAGUUGACGAGCUAACACCGAUAGCAGCGACGGUAACCGUUUCUCAGUGACAUUGUACCAGCUUACAAGAAGACAAAGUCAUGGGGAAUACAAGCAGUGAAAGGGCUGCCAUGGGCCAGGGGGAGAAGGCUCAGCGGAGGGACAGCCGGGGUACCAAGGAGGGAGAGAGGCCAAAAAUCCUGAUGGAUAGCCCAGAGGAUGCAGAUAUUUUUCACGGAGAAGAUAUGAAGGCCCCUUUAGAGAAAGAGGAGUAUCUUGCAUGGCAGCAGGACUUAGAAGCAGAAGAUAAAGGGCCAACUUUAGACCGACCAACAGUCUUUCGCUGGACUGGAGAUGGAAAGGAGGUGUACCUGUCUGGAUCCUUCAACAACUGGGCCAACAAGAUUCCCCUUAUUAGAAGUCAGAACACCUUUGUGGCAAUCGUUGACCUACCUGAAGGGGAGCAUCAAUACAAGUUUUAUGUCGACGGCCAGUGGACACAUGACCCAGCUGAGCCUGUCAUAACCAGCCAGCUAGGCACCGUCAACAACAUCAUCCAGGUGAAGAAAACUGACUUUGAGGUGUUUGAUGCACUAAUGGUGGACUCGCAGAAAUGCUCUGACAUGUCAGACCUCUCCAGCUCUCCUCCUGGGCCGUAUCAUCAGGACGCUUACAUACCUAAACAGGAAGAGAAGUUUAAGUCUCCACCCAUACUCCCACCUCACCUCCUGCAGGUCAUCCUCAACAAGGACACUGGGAUUUCUUGUGACCCUGCAUUACUCCCAGAACCCAACCACGUCAUGCUCAACCACCUCUACGCUCUUUCCAUUAAGGAUGGAGUGAUGGUGCUCAGUGCGACGCACCGCUACAAGAAGAAGUAUGUUACCACCUUACUAUACAAGCCCAUCUGAUCGUCCGUCUUUUCAAUUCUAUCCCAGUGUGUUAAGUGUACACUGAGUGUACAAAAUAUUAGCUCCACGUGUUUUUUUGGGUUUUUUUUGCAUAAAAUAGAGAGACCAGAUGAGGUCCGAUCUCAUAUCGCUUACAGUUCUAAUCUGUUAAAUCCAUCCUAACUUCAAGAAGCAGCUCUAAACAAGGUGUAGGAAUAAUUUAGUUUGUAGAAUUUGAACUUAAUUGCAAGUAAAAUACAGGACCGGUGUUUACUAAAUGCUUCACAUAAAUACAGUGUAAGCAAAAUAUAAAAUAGAACCGGAUCAAAUGAGAAACAGUAGGAAAACCUCAACAGAUGUUUCCUUUUAAAGGAAGCCUGUAUAAAUCAUUUAAAUGAUGACAUUCCUUUAACCAUCCUGAACUUUGAACACACAGAGCCUGGAAAGUUCAAGUAUGGAGGCUUGUAUUGUUUCCCCCAAACUUUCAAAAGAUUGACAGCCACCUGCAUGACAAUUAUCGAAAAUUACCUAAUGUUUAUAAGAGGUUAAACGCUCUGAGACUAUAUCUUGUACACUCUUUGUAUAUCCAGUAAUUGCACAUUUAGGAUGGUUAAUAUCACAGCCACUCCGAUCUGACAUAAUCUGCCUUUAUUUGUUCACUGACUUCCCUCUGUAGUUUCCAGCAACAGUACCUUUGCUUAGUAGAACACAAAGACGAUAACUAUGGGGUAGAGCACUGACAUGUCUGUUAUCAAAACAGACAGAAGUAUAAGGAAAUGGCUGGUAAUGCUGAGGGGGGGAGACCUCAGAUGAAUUAAAGUAGCUGUCGUCUUUCCCAUGGUUCGGAAGGCAGCAGCAGUUCAAUCAAAACUGUGAAUGUUUGAAGUCGAAGAAGGAAACAAUGCACUGCAGUAGCUAUGUCUUUAUUUUGCUGUUAAUGUUGAAACUGAUGAAAUUUAUUUGGUGAUGAUCACACAGCGCACAGUAGAUAUCUUCUAUGAAGUAUUUAGUAAUAUAUAUAAAUAUAUAUCUUUUUCUACAUUUGGUUGAUGAUGUGGUUUGUUUUGUUGUCACAUAUUGUCUUUCUGUAGUUAGUUGCAGUGUUGUGGCCAAAAACAUUCCAGUCAAGACGAGAGCAAAAUGCGUCUUAGGUAGUUUCUUGUCUUUAAUUUAGGGUAUGUGCACUUGCAGUACGACAAUGAAUCAGAAGAAUAAUGAUUACCUUUUCCAAAAUUUAGGCAAAUUUAAAUGUAACAUUGCACAAGUAACUUUUGUUUUUUCUUUAAUACCAGCCUGGGAACCACAUAAUUCAGAAAACAUCUGUUUUAUUGGCUUUGGCAGAUGUGUUUGGCCUACCCACAUGUUCAAACAAAUUUCCACCUGGCAUUGCCCACGCCAGUUCAAUCAUAUCGAUUUAUCUAAUAUGGGGCAGCUUUGAUACAAUCACUGUAUAGAAGAGUGCUGUUAACGCAGCCACUCGUGUGAAAUAUUUGAAUCUGCUAUCGUGUCAGUUCUCAAAGAACUGGACGGUAUAUUUUUCUCUAAAAGAAGAGCAAACAGCUGCACUUAAAGCCUCGUUACAUUUCGGUCAGCACUAUGUCAAACAUUUCAUUGCUCUGAUUGGUUCUUAAUCUAUCAAAUUGUGUCCAGAGACAUUUUAGUCUGCGUCUGUUGAUAACACUCUACGGAAAACAAAAAAAAAAGUGUGUCUGUUAAUGCCAAGUUACUUUUAUAAAGACUAAUCCAUUAAAUUAAGAGUCACUUCAGUGGGCUGUACAAAAUUGCAAGAUUAGAGUUUUCAGUGUCAUGAAGGUCUUUUAACCUGCUAGAUCACUAUGCUAAGAGAUGAUUCUCUGUGAGCAAAUAAACCCACUUGACUGAAGCAGAUGGCACAUAGGUUCAGUUCAAGUUAAGCGCUACAGAGUAUGAAGCAGAAAGCCUGGAUUAAUAAAGACAGCUCAUACCCACUGUUGUGAUACCUGUUAUCUGUGAUUUAGGUUUUCUCAAGCCAGCCUGAACAAAGAAAGCCUGGCUAUGUUGAAAUUGCUUCCCAGUACAACCCUCUGAUAGUUGAUCCCUGCUGUCUUCGUUGAAAUGGCACAACUUGUUCGUACCAUUGAACGUUGCAAAUUUCCAUCAGGUGAUGUUCGCAUCAUGUUGAUUUAAACAGAAAGGACAUACUUGAGGAAGACAAAACCGCAAAUGAAAAGAGUCAAACAACACUGAUGGGGGGACCAGCAUGGGGUUGUGGGAUCGACACGCACUGUUUCCAAGGAUUAUUAUUAUUUUUUUGUCAUAGUGAAUUUAUCUGUACUGUUUAUGGUCUGUGUAGAUUUCAUGACGUUUGAAGGACUGGAAUUUGUUUUACGUUAAAUGUAAUAACUCGAACCAACAUCGACGUAUCCUUGCCAAAUUAUGGUAUCUGUGGUGGGUGUGAUUGCCACAAAUGAAUGAAACCAUGAUGUUCAUUAUUUUAGUUUUACAGAAUGCUGUAGGCCAGUAGAGGCUGAGUCCUCAUUUGUGUUGAUUUUGCAUUUGUCUCACAGCUAACAUGGUAAUUAUUUAUUGAUGUUAAGAUGCUAGACAUUCAAAUAUAUUGCAUUAAAAAUGUUUUUGACCUACAAUUUCCAUUCUGAGACAGAUUUGUAUUAAAAGUUAAUUUGCAAAUUAAUAUGCCGCUUGCUUUAUUUAUGAUCACAUCAUAACUGACAGACCUUUGUGUUCAUUAACAGUCAUGACAAAAUCUAUGCUUCACUGUCACCUUAAGGACUGCUGUAAGAAUUUUGACAUCAAUUUAGUCUGUUUUGGUUAUUUUUCCACAUGUUGCAGCUUUUUUAAAUGUAAAAUUCCACUACUGAAUCUGAUCCUGCAUGGACAAUGAAUUUUAAAGCAGCUUUUUCUCAAUGAAUUAGUGAAUGUGUUCAUGUUUUAUACCCAUCUUUAACAUCUUUUACAUAUAAGGGUUAGAUUUUUUUUUUACCCAUCAUAUUAUUGUAUUUACUAAGUCAUACAUGCCAAAAUAAAAACAACAUGCUGGAAAAAAAAA